AUGGAAGCCGAGGUGUGGACCCUCCGAGGCCGAGGUCGGCCACUGGCCCUGCUCUGGCUGCUGCUACUCCUGCCCUUGGCUGCCCUGGGUCUGCGAGGGUCCCCGUCUGCGGCCACUCCUGCUUCGGCUUCAGGAGACACAGUGGAGGGCGAUGUCCCCACCCCCACUGUGCAGCGGUUGGCCCCAGGAUCCCUAGGUACGGCGCACUGCGUGGUGUGGGGUUUCUCUACAGUGUGUGGGAGGCCCAAGGUGAUGGGGAAGAUCUAUGGUGGCCAGGACGUGGUGGCUGGCCAAUGGCCAUGGCAGGCCAGCCUGAUGUACCAAAAAUCACACAUCUGUGGAGCUGCCCUCAUCGACUCCUUCUGGCUGGUUUCCACUGCCCACUGUUUUAUCAAUAGAUCCCAUGCCCCAGAGAACUACGAGAUUCUGUUGGGAAGCACCCAGCUGUACCAACACACCCAGCAUGCCCAGAUGAUGUCUGUGAACAGGAUUAUCAUGCACCCAGACUUUGAGAAGUUCCACCCCUUCGGGAAUGAUAUAGUCAUGUUGCAGUUGCACCUGCCUGUGAACUUCACCUCCUACAUCAGUCCUGCCUGUCUCCCAACCCCUGGAAUGCAGCUGCCCAUCUACUCGUCCUGCUGGAUAACCGGCUGGGGAAUGCUCAACGAGGACACGCCCCUGCCCCCACCCUUCCGCCUGCAGGAGGGCAAGGUGAGUCUCGUGGAGAACAAGCUCUGUAACAUGUUAUAUGAGCAAAGACUCAGCAAAGACAAGAACUACUCUGUGUACGAGGAGAUGCUGUGUGCCGGGAACUUCUUGACAGGAAAGGCCAUCUGCCAAGGCGAUUCUGGGAGCCCCCUCGUCUGUGACCUCUUCAAUACCUGGGUUCUGGUGGGGCUGGCCAGCUGGGGCGUGGACUGCCGGCACCCCAUUUACCCCAGUGUGUUCACCAAUGUCACCUACUUCACCGACUGGAUCAGUAAGAUCCAGAGGCUCACGCCUCCUCCUGAGCCCACAGAUGUUCCUCCUCAGACCCCAUUUCCAAACGGGCUUCUGCGGGCUGUGGGCUCUCCAGGGCCCCACGCGGCCCUCAUGCCCCCACGGACCUGGCUCCCCCUGCUGUCUGUGCUCAGGGCCUGGCAGCAGGCCCUGCAGUGA